AUGACUUUAAGAACGUUAUUAAUAGCUAUUUGUGUUACCAUCGCUACUGGAGAUGUAUCAACAAUUUUAUCAGCAAUAUUAAGUAAACAUCUCGUACCAAGAUGUUCAUACUACCUGCACGAAAAUACAAAUAUAUCCACCAUUUUGGAUAAAUCGUUAUUAUUAGUAAACGUACCAUUGAUAUCAGUAGCAAAAGACCACUAUGAUGUAAUUACAAAACUACAAUGUUCACAACAUAUUAUUCUUAUGGAAGAAGCUGACUCCUUCGACAAAUUAGCACCUAGAGAGACGUUAUUAAAAAUAUUUAAACCUUGGACGAGAAUUAUAUUUAUUUUCUCACAUCCACCGAAUUUAUCCAGUUUUUAUGAAAUCGCAAUAAAUGAAAUGGCUAUUCAAAUCAUAACUAUCGAAAUAUUGAAAAUAAUUGAUGUUAGAAAAGAUUUGAAAUUAAUAGAAGAAUAUAAAAUAACAAUUAAGAAUUUAAAUCGGAAUAAGGAGUUCACGAUUACAAAUUUUGAUAAGCAAAUUAAAAUUCCAAAAUUUAAAUCAAGUAGAUGGGUACCGAAAUUUUCUGGUAACUCAUCAAUCUCUAUAGUUUUGUUCGAAUGCCCUCCGUAUGUCAUUAUGUCACGAAACGGUACUUUAGAUGGUACAGAAAUGAUAAUAAUUAGGGAAACUUUAAAGAACGUACCAUACCAUUAUGUACUACCACCAAAUGAUAACGAAGAUGGUGGAUUGUGGUUUACGAGUUCUAAAUUGGUCGAGUCAGGAAAAAAAGACAUGACGGUAUGUUCAAGAUGGCCGAUUACCUCCAUAAAUAAAAGUUUGGAUUAUACGAAAUCGACCAACCAAGCUUGUGUGACGUUUUUAGUAAAGAAACCCACUCUUCUACCUGACGCUUUUUUUAUGUUUCAAACAUUCGAAUACCAAGUUUUUGUGUUAAGUUAUUUUGUUUUAGGAUUAACUCCUGUGAUAGUAACCAUUAUCCAAAAAGUAUUUAAUGGUUUGUUUAAUCAAAAAACUUUAGAUGCUGGUCGUCAUACAAUGGAUAUGUUCAGAAUCUUCACAGGUGGUUCUAUAGUUUUUAAAAAGGUUUAUAUAUUAUUUUCUGCUAAAAUUAUUCUACUAUUUUGGUUGGUGUUUUGUCUUCUACUUGCUACUUAUUAUUCAGCUGGAAUUACUAGUACCUCAACCAAGCCUCGCGUGAGAUAUCUGUAUAAAAUGGAAAAUCCCUUAUUCGAUGCUUUAGCCAAAUUGUACGUCAAAGGUAAAAGAAUUGAAGAUCGCACAUCAACUUCCGCCAUAUUUGUUAAAGUUAUACAAAAAACGUUCGUUAAUGAUAUAGAUAAUUUACCACAGGACGAGCAGAAAUAUUAUAAAGCAUUAACGGACUGUAUCGGUAUAUACGAAGGGGUUUUCUUCUUAAAGAAAAAUUCACCUUUGACCGAACUUUUUAACAGAUCUAUUACCCGCUUUGUCGAAAGUGGUAUUGCAGAGUUUUUGUUGAGAGGAUUUAUUGCAAAUAUGGUCGGUGUGAGGGGGCACCGAACUUUUUUUACCAAUUAUGUCGAUAACAGAAUUUAUUCGAAUAUUGGCAUGUCGAAAUUAGUGGGACCUAUGGCUUUACUUGUUUCAGGAUUGAUGUUGAGUACUGUUAUAUUUUUGAUAGAAAUAUUAACUUUUAGAUUUCGAAAAACUAAGUGA